GCUUGACCGGAAGUUAGCAGCUAGCGGUCUUUUAAAGAUGGCUGAAUGGCUAGCAACACGUUUGGCCGCACAGGAGGAGCAAAUUCGACUCCUUAUCAAGGAGGUGUCUAGUCUCCAGGACGGACUCAGCAACGGGCUCGACGCCGCCGGCAUCACGGCCGUAACACCGGAGCUGGAGAUCCUGCAGGCGGAGAAUGAGAAGCUCAAGUACCGGCUGCUGCACCUCCGGCGAGGUCUGCAGGCGGAGCUGAAGCUGGAGGAGGAGGCGGAGGCGCCGCGUAAGAAACGGCAAGGGGCUAAGGAGGCCACAGCCCCCGAGAGGAACGCCAACAAACACCAGCAGAUAAACGGGGUGAAACCCUCAAACCCAAAAACAAAUGACAAAAACAAGAAGGAGAAGAAACAAGAUAAGGAGCAAUCUGAAGGAGGCGCAAAGGAGCUGACCCCCUGGCCUGGAUACAUCUCUGAGCGCCUUUCCCUCUACGAGAGUCUAAAGAAGGAAAGUGACGCUCUGCUGGCCAAAAGAUCCCAGAACAGCAAAGCCAUCACAGUGGAGCUGCCAGACGGGCAAAAGGUGGCGGCUAAAUCCUGGGUCACCACACCUUAUCAGGUGGCCAGUGAGAUCAGCCAGGGCCUGGCUGACAAUGCAGUGAUUUCUCGGGUGAAUGGAGAGCUUUGGGAUCUGGACAGACCUCUCGAGCGGGACUGCUCUCUUGAGAUUUUACGCUUUGACAAUGAAGACGCUCAAGCUGUGUACUGGCACUCCAGCGCUCACAUUCUGGGUGAAGCAAUGGAGCGCUAUUAUGGGGGCUGUUUGUGUUAUGGCCCCCCCAUAGAGAACGGCUUCUACUAUGACAUGUUCCUGGACGAACAGAAAGCCGUCUCCAGCUCUGAGUUUGGCGACUUGGAGGUGUUGUGUAAGUCUGUGAUGAAAGAGAAGCAGCCAUUCGAAAGGCUUGAGAUCAGCAAAGACACUCUGCUCAAAAUGUUUAAAUACAACAAAUUCAAGUGCCGCAUUCUGAAUGAGAAAGUCACCACUCCCACUACAACAGUCUACCGAUGUGGGCCCCUCAUUGAUUUAUGCAGAGGCCCCCAUGUCAGACAUACAGGCAAAAUCAAGGCGAUGAAGAUUUACAAGAACUCCUCCACUUACUGGGAAGGUUGCUCCGACAUGGAAACUCUCCAAAGGAUCUAUGGGAUUUCCUUCCCAGACUCGAAAAUGCUUAAGGAGUGGGAGCGCUUUCAGGAGGAGGCCAAGAACAGAGACCAUCGCAAGAUUGGGAAAGAUCAGGAGCUCUUCUUCUUCCACGAUCUCAGUCCCGGCAGCUGCUUCUUCCUGCCGCGUGGAGCCUACAUCUACAACACGCUCACGGAGUUCAUCCGAGACGAGUACUGGAGAAGAGGCUUUCAGGAAGUAGCCUCCCCCAACAUUUACAACAGCAAGCUGUGGGAGACAUCUGGCCACUGGCAGCACUACAGUGAAAACAUGUUCUCGUUCCCGGUGGAGGAGGAUGUCUUCGCUCUGAAGCCGAUGAACUGCCCCGGUCACUGCCUGAUGUUCAGCCACAGGCCUCGCUCUUGGCGGGAGCUGCCUUUGAGAUUGGCGGAUUUUGGGGUCCUGCACAGGAACGAGCUGUCGGGAACUUUGACCGGGCUGACCAGAGUGCGGCGCUUUCAGCAGGACGACGCCCACAUUUUCUGCACCAUGGAUCAGAUUGAAUCAGAGAUGAAAGGCUGCCUGGACUUCCUGCGUGGCGUUUACGACGUGUUCGGAUUCUCCUUCCAGCUUCACCUCUCCACUCGUCCAGAGAAGUACCUGGGUGAUAUAGACGUGUGGAACCAGGCUGAGAAGCAACUGGAAAACAGCCUGAAUGAGUUCGGGGAACCAUGGAAACUCAACCCCGGAGAUGGCGCUUUUUAUGGACCCAAGAUCGACAUUAAGAUCAAAGACGCAAUUGGACGUUACCACCAGUGCGCAACAAUUCAGCUAGACUUCCAGCUGCCUAUUCGCUUCAACCUGACCUUUGUGGGAAAAGAUGGUGAUGACAAAGCUCGACCAGUCAUCAUCCAUCGGGCCAUCCUGGGCUCAGUGGAGAGGAUGAUUGCCAUUCUCACCGAGAACUAUGCCGGGAAAUGGCCUCUGUGGCUCUCUCCACGCCAGGUGAUGCUAGUGCCCGUCAACCCCUCCUGCGAGGACUAUGGAAAGAAGGUGUGUAAGCAGUUCACAGAAGCUGGUUUUAUGGCAGACGCUGACCUGGACUCUAGUUGUCUUCUGAACAAGAAAAUCCGAAAUGCCCAGUUGGCACAAUAUAACUUCAUUCUUGUGGUUGGAGAGAAGGAGAAGAUGACUAACAGCGUCAAUGUGCGCACCAGAGACAACAAGGUUCACGGGGAGCUGUCGGUGUCCGAGGUGAUGGCUCGCCUGUCUCUGCUCAAACAGUCCCGCUGCAGAAACGCAGAAGAGGAGUUCUGAUGAAGAUGAUUCUUAGUGCGUUUAGAGGAGCAGUAAAUGGUACAUGUAGAAAUGGCUUUUAGGUCAGAGUAUAAGCUGAUGUCCUGGAAAAAAUGUUGAAUUAUCAGUCUGAUUUUUUUGGAAAAAGGGGUUUAUUUUCCAAGCUGUGACAGUCUGUCUGAAAGUGAAAUGAUAAUUUAAGAAAAGUGAGAUAAUUGAAAUCCUGAAAAAAUGUCAAUUUUAUCGUCACAAAAGCCUUACUUAAUGAGACAACCUAGUAAUAAAAAGCAUUUCCUGAAUGUGA